ACCAUUAUUCCAGGAAGUUUUUUUUAGGUCGACUGUUUCCUGCACGUUCCCCACAUUGUUUACCGUACUUUGUACUGUAGCAGCCGUAUUCACUCUUUAGUCUUUAAACUAAUAUUGUUAUUAUUAUUCAUGUCGGAUUAAACUCACACCAUGAGUUUCUUGUACCUGAGGGGUGUCGUGUUCUUCACCUUGAUACCUGUAAUGCUCAACAUGCGAGUUAUGGAUGAUGGACUUUCACUCAAUUGUACACAGGAGGAAGUACAGUGUAGACCUGAGAUCAAUAACUGCAUGUAUGAUGGAUGGCUCAAGCCUUCAGAUUUCACUCCCAGUGGUCCUGAUGAUUUAACAGUGGGUGUUAAUGUAAGGACUAAUAUGAAAGGUGAACUGGAGCCAGUGAUUGUGGCAGAAUGGAAAGCAAAGGAUGAUGGGAGCAUAAGAUUUUUAACAGGAACGGAGUUCAAUGUGUUGAGGUUGUCUACCAAUGAGCACCUGUGUGUCCAUUACAAUUUUCUUCAUACUUUUAAGUCCAUGAGAAAUUCUUAUGAUGAAAAGUGGUCUUUCUCUGUGGAUAAAGUUGUGGUAGAUCCAGGCAGUACAUACCUUGUGACUGUCUCCAAUCUUCCCAAGCCAAAUAUACAACACACCAGUUACAACAUAAACAAAACGGUUGUUGUUCCAGGUUGCGAUGAUCCUUUGAUGCGCCAGACUAAAAUCUGUUUUGAAAGAGGGGAUACUUGGCAACCCAACAUUACCAUGGUGAAGACCAAUGGUUCAGAUGGCAAGCCUGUUCUGUUUGUUACAUUUAAUCCUGGAGAGAAUGCAGAAAAAUACAACAUUUUUGUAAAGUGCAGCCGUGACAGCCAGAUGAAGACUCUUUAUAAUGAGAGGAAGACUUUAUUGAAUGUGACAUAUGACCUGGAUAACUGGCCAAAAACGUGCUGCGAUUUUAAUGUUCAGAUCCAGCCGUUUUUCAGAAAGUGUGCAAAUGACUGUCGUCGAAAAAAUCGCAGUUUUAACAUAUGUGCUGUACCACUACGAAUCAUCACCGAAACAGAUUCAGCACUGUGGAUCAUUCCUGUUGCUUUAUUCCUUCUAGUUUUUUGCAUCGGUUGCUGUGCCGUUUAUUUACGCUUUAGGAAACCAAAGAAAGGUCCUGAAAAGCCACCAAACCUUCAUCCACAUCCUGAAGUGCCCGUUCCACCUGGCUCACGAUCCGUAUUGAUCUUCUACUCCCGGGAUCAUCCUUUAUACACAGACAUAGUGCUGAAACUUUCUGCCUUCCUACGGGCAAAAUGCGGGAUUGAGGUCGUGCUAGAUCUGCUUGACACUACUUGGGUGGGUACAAUCGGUCGGCUGCAGUGGAUCGAGCAACAAAAGCGUCGCAUCGAGCAAUCCUCCGGCAAGAUCUUGGUCCUGUGCUCCCGAGGGAUGCAGGCCAAGUGGGGCGCGAUCUGCGGCGAGCCUCGGAUCCUCUUACGGGAGGAUGCGCGAUCCCCGAUGGGAGACAUGCUGACCUUGGCGCUUCAACUGAUUACACCUGAUAUGCAAUAUCCCGCUUCCUACGGGAAGUAUUUGGUGGCGUAUUUCGACGACGUUUGCAACGAAUGCGACGUGCCGUCUAUGUUUGACAUUGCGGUUAAGUACAAGCUCAUGAAGCAUUUUGAAGAGCUCUACUUCCAUAUUCUCGAUGUGGAGAAAUAUCAGCAAGGGAUAAUGCAUUGCAUUAAGGGAAUCAGCAAAGAUGACUACUUCAAAUGCCCAUCAGGAAAGGCCUUGAGGGAUGCCAUAGAAUUCUUCCAGGCCUAUCAAAUGGAAAAUCCGGAUUGGUUUGAGAAGGAGCAGGUGAACAGCGAAGAGGAUGUGAGAGGAGAAUCCAGUCCGCUUCUCGACGACAUCCAAACUGGCGUGCAGCCGAUCUACGAGUUGAAACCUGUGUAUAAUGACGGUCUUCCGAUCUUCGUGAACGAGGUGGAAGUUCACCAGGAGACCCAUAGUGUUUGUGCCGUAAUUCCUCAUAUUUACGAGACCCCCGAGGAGUCCCCCGUCAGGAUCAUUAAUCCCGUCAUCCGUGCAGAACACAGCCAAGUGCUUUCCAAUUAUCCAGAAGUGGAACCUCCUCUUGAAGUACCUAUAGUUGGUAUGAUCCCCGUUGGUCCUGAAAGCUACCCGUAUCUCCUUGCUGAAGGUGUACAAGUGGAACCAGCAAAUUUACCUUCGGAGUCAGGAUGGAAUGAAAUGUAUCCGAUGGGGGAACAGUCGGAUAGCUUUCGGACCCCGAGCGCCGAAGUUCAGGACCAAUCGUCCUUUUCGCAGCCUUCCGAACAAGCUGUUCAGCAGCUAGUGGACUUAUUUAACACUUUAUGGACUCCUUGUGGAGUCACAGCACCUCCGCCAUCAAUGGAAGAUAGUUUCCAGCUUAACCAGGAGAUGGACCUAUCCCAGCCAGUGGAGGUGGAGGAAAAUGAAAUGGAUGGAGCAUCACAGACCAGACCAUCAGAAGGGUCCGAUCAGGGCUAUAGUUCCAGAUCUAUAGUGACACCACAUUACUAUCUGAAAUGAUGACAAUGACACACAUGGGUGAUCAUUUUACUUUUACUGUGGAGUGAAACAAGUACCUUAUUAAACAAGUUGAUAUACAACAGCACAUCACAUCAUUUUAAGCUUAUGUUUAGCUAUUUAACACAGGUCAAAUGAUUGGGUUUGUAAGGAUCAAUCGUUUAAUCAGUGAUUUGUUGUAUUAUAUUGCACUGGAAUUGUUUUUUUAUUGUUCUUGCAGUUUAUCAGCUAUAACUAUCUACUGAUUUGUAUAUAAUUUUGACUGUAAAUAAAGUAGCACUCUUUGGUAA